CUAAUUCAUCGUUCGUAAUUAAUCACAUUGCAUUCUUUUAAAGAUCAAAUCAUGUUCUCAUGAUCCAAGUUUAAAAAAAAGUAGGUUGAUCAAGUUCAUAACGAGUUUUAACACUCAUUAGAAAGUGAGAGAUUGUUCCAAAAAAUGUCUCGACAGCCAUUAGCGAAGACAAUACCCGGAUGGUUCUGGUAAAAGGCAAGAACCAUGUUCGAUAUAAGUUUUAAUUUGAUAUUGAUCUCCUGGCUGGUGAAGAAGGGGGAAAUGUUAAAGUGGAAGGAAUUUGUUCAAUUGGAAAUUUUUUUUUAUAGAGACAUGGAUUUUCGCGAAGAUGUCACCCUGUUGAGGAGGGUAAAUGUAUGGACUUUUGCAGUGUAUUAUGGUGAAUUUAUCUACAAAAAGGGUGGUGGUUUGGAUAUUUGUAAUGUUUAAUUGGUUUAUAUGAGUGUUGUCAGAUUAUGAUUCUGCACUUUCAUCAAUUGGCACAGUUUCAUCACGCAUCUUCCAUAACAAAUGUAGCAACCGUUUGAUCAGCCCUAAUUGAUUCUGUAUAUUGAUUAGGAUCACUUCCUAAAUAAAUAAUAAUAAAUAGUCAUUAUGUUCAAUGAAUAAAUAAUAAAUAGAUAAAUAAA